AUGAUGGACAAACCCAUCGCUUGUCCCGUUCCCGGUGAUGCGGCUGGUCUUGAACUGUGCCCUGAAGCGACCACGGGCGCGACUGGGCUUCGGGGUGACGACAUCCGGUCACUGGCCGACGGAUCGGCGGCAGAAGAGAACCGAGAGCGCAGGAAAGAAGCCCCGCAAAGGGGCAGAGGAGACCAGAAGAAGAGAGCAGUGGUCAUGACUAUGAUCUGGCAUGACAGAGACGGUCUAGGCACGCUACUGUCGCGGUCGGCACGCCGCAAGUCCAGACGGCACACCACCGCAAUCACGCCCCAGCAUGACGACACAGCUCAUGUACGGCCGUCGGCAUUGACACCAGAGCAUCAAGCCCGCGCAGGCCUGCUCCUGUCUCGCAUCGGCAGAGCCUUCUGCCCGCGCCUCAAGCGUCGCGGCUCAAAGCCGACAACCCUGCCCAUAGACGACGUCCCGAGACUCCGUUUCGACGACUGCCAUCACGAGGUCCACAUAACCGGCGGCGUAGCAGCAAGCGCAGCAGCGGCAGCAGUGCCAGUGCCACCACCAAUACCACCAAUAUUACUACUACCACCACCACCAUCACCACCACCAUCACCACCACCACCACCACCACCAACAUCACGUCCAACGUCGCAAGCGCAGCCUCCAUCCCGCCAGCGACGCACCAGCCUCCUAGGACGCGCCAGGAAGUCGUGCCUGGAGAAGCUGGACGACGCCCGCCUGGCCCGGCGGUGCUGUUGUAUAAGCGUCGCUGGUCGGCUGAGCGGGAGGUGCGGUGGUGGCAUGUCGCGGCUGAAAACCUCGACGUCGUGCCGUUCCAACACGCCUUGGAGCAGUUCUACAAACAUGGGCGUGGCCGAGAGCGGCGGCGGCGGCGGCGGCGGCGGCGGAUGGGCGCUGGAGAUAUACUUUGCCAUGGAGUUCGAAGUCCAGUCGGAGCCUCGACCUGAUCCUGACCCUCAGGGGCAGGGUUCGGGUGGGCUGCAGGGCGUGAGCUCGGUGGGGAGCAGGGAGGAUCCGUAG